AUGGAGCCAAUAGCUAAGGGAAGGACAGAAAAAAACUUCAGCUAUGUCAUCAGAGCGCCCAGCAGCGACGGGUUUGAUACAAUGAACCUUGACGUGAAGGUUGACACGUCCUGGGUGUUCCGGGACGUGGAAGACAGCAGCGAGGAGCCAGGAUGUGUUCCGGAAGCAUCAGCCAGUAGCACAGACGUGGACACAGGGACACUCAGGAAGCAGCUGCAAUCCUCCAAGCAGAAGCGGCUGGCAGUGGUGGACAAGUAUGUGACAUCAGAAUCCGCGCUGAGGAACAGAAUCCAGGAGCUGGAGCUGUCGGAGAAGAAACUCCUCAGGAAGGUGGAUCAGCUGAGCGCCCGCGCGGCCCAGGAGAGAAGCGCCUGGCUCCGGGCCCAGGAGAAGCUGGCGGCGCUGCAGGGGGAGCUGGCCAGUCGGGUGCGGGAGAAGGAGAGCGUGGCCCGGAGGCAGCUGCUGCGGCUGCGGGAGCAGCUGCGGCGCAAGGACGAGGCGCUGGGGCGGCAGGCGGUGGCCCUGGAGCGCUGCCAGCGGGUCCAGCGGCGCCAGCUGGGCCUGGUGCGCGAGCAGGAGUGCGUCCUGCGGGCGCAGGUGCGGCGGCUGGAGCGUGACGUGCAGCGCCUAUGCCGCGCCGCCGGCCUCCUGCUGGCCCGGCUGCACUCCGCGGGCCCAGGUCCCCAGGGCGCCGAGGCCGCUGCAGAGCUGUGCGCCCUGCAGGCGAGGGCCGAGCGCGAGCGGGAGGAGGCGGCGCGCCGGCUGCGGGAGCAGAGAGCCAGCGAGUGCUGGCUCCGCUGGCAGCUGGAGGAGCUGCGCUGCUGCGUGUAUGGGCUGACGCUGUCGGAGAUCGGCCUGCUUGGGCAGGUGGAGGACCUCGCCGAGCAGAACCGCACCCUGCGACAGGAGCUGGGAGCCCGGGCGCCUGCUGGUCACUGCAGCCUGGACGCGCUGGAUUGUGUUCAGGGCACCUCAUUGCACCUGCCCAGGGAGGAGGCGCCAGAGGCCUGCGAAAGCCAGGGCUGGGGAACCCGCCUCCGGUCCGGUGACGGCCCUGGACCAGGGGCCUCCGCAGGCCCGGAGGCCAAGGGCAAGCUCCUGGGAGACCUGGCAGGAUCUGACCAUGAACCGCUUACUCUAGCUGCACGCAGCUUGGAUGAACAGAUUCUUGUCGUCAUCUGUGGCCGCUCACCGGGGCAGUGCUUGGACGGGUCACUCCGCCCUGUGGACCUGGCCAGAAUUUCAGAGAAUCUCACAGCCGCCCCUGCCCCAGAGUCCUUUCUCCUGGUGCAGACGUGCACACUCCCUCCCUGGGGGCUGGCUGGGGACUCUGCUCUCCAGCUGCCGCUGCUGCUCCAGGAGGCUUCCCCAGAAGGACUCCAAACCCCAGAGGUGUCAGACACCAGACCCCUGCCUGCUGAUGGAGCCGCAGGGCACCCCAGCUGGGACUGUCAUCAAGCAAGGAGCAAUCCCUCCCUCUGCCAGGAGGUCCCACGCAUUUUAAAUCACCGACCUCCCAGGAAAGGGCCCAGGGAUCUAAAAGACACCUGGAAUGAGGGCGGAGGGGCUUCGAGGGGGAGAACCAAGGAGGGGGAGGCGAGGAGGACUUUGGGCAAGAAGGAGGAAGACCUCCUGGACAAGUGCCAGCCGAGUCAGGGAAGCCAUGAGCACCUGGGCUUGGAGAAUGGGGUCCGAGCCUCAGAAGGCGUGCAGGACGAGGUGGAGGCGUCACGGAGCCAGGCUGCUGCCGGCUGCCCUGGGCCUCCCCGGGAGUUUCCAAUGCUGCUUCUGCAGCGGGGAGGCCCUGUGUCACAGGGGGGUCCCGAAACCCUGAACAAGAGAGAUAGGGCAGAAGGAUGUGUCUGGGGCCUCCUUGGGGGGCUGCCGUCAGAGGAGGAGGAAGGGGUCCCCCCAGCCACCUUCUCCAGGGCUCAUGGGACCAAAGAGUUCUGGCCGGCAGGUGGUCAGCUCCUGGCAGGGAGGGGCAGAGUCACGGGCAGGGAGGACACCCAGCUGCGGUUUGGGGAGGCUCUGCUCCUGCGAGCGGAAAGCCCCAAGGGGGGAGGCCAGGAAGAAGAGGAGAAGGAGGUGCGACAUCAAGAAGCAUCCAGUCUGGGUCACAGGGACGUCCCUGAGAAGCCUGACUCCGAGGAACAUGAGGGUGAGAAGACGCUUUUCUCCGUGGGAGAGAGAGGUUUGCUGCACGGAUGGGCCCUACCAGGUGGCAGGGGUGACCCCACCAGCAGUCCCUGGGCUCCGAGCAAAGGAUGUGACAGGUACACUCUCAAAAUAGACGAAUUUGCAGAGGAGAUGGAGGCCUACUUCCAGCAGCUCUCCAUCCUGAGGCUUGGUGGCGGGCGGCAGAGGACAGCCCCCGUGCUGGCGGGAGAGAACGGGAGAUUUGCUCGGAAGUGGCCCAGCUCCGGGGAGAGCGCUUGCUCUCAGCAGAUUUGGGGACACCAGGGUCUGGGUGUUUGUUCUGUCGAGGAAGCAAAGGCCAGAGAGAGUGGGGACGGUGUUAAACUGGGAAAGACCACGGCCCUGGGCAGCAGCGGAGUCCUUCCAGGGAUGCUGCCUGGUUGGGGUGAGGCUGGCCCGGGCCCUGCGGAGGCGCCCGCUGAGCCGCUGGGAGACGUCGAGAGAGUGAGGGGCAGGUUCCAGCAGCUCGUGUCUGGACUGAAGGAAGAGAGAAGCCAGGCUUUACGUGACAACAUCAAACUCCAGGGAGACCAAGACAGAUGCCACAGAAGGGCAUGCGCCCUUGAAAAAGAGAGCGAGAGAGAGGGGACAGCAACGUCCAGGCUGGAGCGGGAUAACGAGAGGCUGGUAGGAGACAUCUCUCACCUAAAGAGGGAACUGGACCAAUACGUGCAGGUCAUUGCUCUCCUGGAAGACUGCAAUGGAAAGAGCUACAGCAGAAUUUCUGAACUCGAGGAGGAAAAUGAAAACCUGAAAGGGAACCUGCGCCGACUCCAGAAGGCCGCGUCCGAGAGCGUGAGGACAACCGAAGGCACGAUGGAGCGCGUCGCCCUGGCAAACGGGGAGCUCAGGGCGCUGAUUUCGGAGCUUGGGGUCAGUUAUAAAGAGCUGGUGAAGGAGAUAGCGCUGGGAAUGGAAGGCACGGUCCGCGACUUACGGCGGGAGAAGGAAGGCCUCCUGUGCAGAGUCCGUGUCCUGGAGAGGGAGGUCACCUCGCUGAGGAGCGCGGAUGUGAGAGGAGGGGGGCGCCUCCCAGGAGAAACCCAGGUGCUCACUGUGGACAAGGAGGUUCAGGACUCCAAGGCAGAAGUUCCUGAGGAAGACCCCAGGCUGCGUGCCCGGCGACUCCGCCACUGGGUGCUGACCCUGCAGUGCCAGCUCAGGGACCAGGCAGCCGCUCGCCGAGAGCUGCAGGCGUCUCGGGACCGGGCGCUCCACCUCCAGGAGGAGCUCAAGGGCAAGCUUGAAGAACUGCAGAGAAAGCAACAUGAGGCACAUUUGGCCGUGACUCCUCUGAAGGCCAAGAUUGCUUCCCUGGUCCAGAAGUGCCGGCAGAGGAAUGGGCUGAUCACUCACCUGCUGCGGGAGCUGCACAGACACGCGCCGGCGAAUCUCCCGCUCUCCCAGCUGGCGCAGAGCAUGGUGAACGAUGCGGCGCUGGCCCAGUACGCAGCCACCUUCCUGGCUUCGGGAGUCCCAGAGACAAGCCACCACCCGGACGCCGAGUCUGAGACGACAGCGGUGCUGAGAGCUCAGAAAUGUCUCUUGAAUCCUGGAGUGGACGGCGACCUCCACAGCGCACCAUGUCUGGAGUCCUGGCCUAUUUCCGAGGCCGAGUGGCCAGCACAGACAGCCCAACUGGAUUCUCUGGAGCUUCCCCUGCCACCGGAGCCCACGCAGGAUCCUGGACUGUGGCUGGCGGCGGUCACUGUGGAACCAGGACCCCCUGCACAACAGCUGCAAGAAAAAGGCGGAAUGCCCUGCCCUGGCCUCCGAGCCGACAGCCCUGCGGCACCCGCUGAGCUACUGAGCCCGGGGAGGAUCCUGGCUUUUCACCAAGAGCUUAGACAAAGCAUUCGCGGCAAUCCCCAGGUCAAUAAAUCACCGCUGGAGUUAUAA